AGUUAUUAUCUACCUGCCACAUGGUACUAGAGGUAUAACAUUAGCAGUAUUUUGUUCCAGUCUAGCAAAACGAACAUGAUCAGAGAAAUGUCUAUAACUGUUAUAAAUAUAACUGUUUAUAUAGGCUACUUAUAAACCUUAUCCCUAUACUGUAAUGUAAAGUGUAACAAUUAUAGACGUUUCAUUAGGUUCGUUUCAAGAGUAUUUAGAGUUCAUAUUCCCUACAUGUGAUACGCGUAACCUUAACCAAAUUGGUUUUUGUGUUGCGCGUAAUGCUACUUGCGCAGCUCCAGUAUCUUCACAUCUCAACAUCCAACGCCCAAUAAUAUGGAUAGCGACUACCACAGCUCAGACAGGUCUGAACUCGCUACCCAGUACCACCCUAUGCUCUCCUCUAGUGAGGGGCUGAACUGAAUAGGGGAACCUAACACGUUCUAAUAAAGAAACCACAGGGAUGACAAAUCUGUCAGAAGCAGACGACUUUAUCGACUCGGAGGACUCAUUUGGUGACGGCGACAAGGGAAGCAGUAGGCAGUCUGCUCAAGAGACCGUCUGUGACAUUCGUCAUACCUUCCAUGGAUCUACAGAGGGACGGUAUCCCUCGUCUCAGCCCAGCCAAGCUCAGCCCGCGUCUGCUACCUCGCCUGGUACCAUGUUCCCACACCGGACCCUGCACGGAGCCACCUACCCGGCCCUUGCCAUCACCAGUUCGGGUCACUACAUGGCACACCAUCCUGUGGUCACGCAAGGCUCAUAUAAUAGCCUCUUGACCACCACGUCACCUCAAGGCUUCCCAGCGCCCGGAUACUUUUACGCCCAGCCAUAUGGGCAUGGCCACCAAGGAGGUGCUUUCCACAAGAGCUCAGCAAUGCAAACCGGGAUGGUUUUUGGUAAAGCGCAAGUUUAUCUCUGCAAUAGGGCUCUGUGGCUCACGUUUCACAGGCACCAAACAGAGAUGAUCAUCACUAAACAGGGGCGGUGAGUAUUGACCCGUUCCCUUUCUCGCCGCCCUUGCCGUUAUGUUGGCUUAUGUCAACAUAGUGGGCAAACUGCUGUACUUAUUUGGACGAAGUAGAUUGACGUGUUUAUUGAAAGCGCGUGGGGUUUAUUAACAAAUUAUGGCAACAGGAAUAGUUCAAAUUAGAAUUAAUUUCGUUCUCUAAGUAAAAUUUUAGCGCGAUUUGGGAAUUUGUAAAGGAAAUAAAACUCCUAUGAAUCUUUUUUUCUACUUCCAGACGAAUGUUUCCAUUCCUGAGCUUUAAUAUAUCUGGGCUUGAUCCGACGGCAAAUUACAAUAUUUUUGUGGACGUCAGUCUCGCGGACCCUAAUCACUGGCGGUUCCAAGGAGGACAGUGGGUACCCUGCGGCAAAGCUGACU